GCUAUGCUUUAAUCGCGCAUCUUUUUCAAUCUUCGUCGUAUCCCUGAAUAAUUGCUAUCGCAGCGCUGAACUGGACACUAUGUCAACAGUACCUACACAAACUACGUCCGCAAGGAUAUCUGGAAAACGCUCUUUCACUGGACAACAUAGACUCCUUCCCGCGUCUGAAGGCCGCGCUGUACAUCUUUACAACGAUGUUCUCCUAGCGCCGCGUAAAACCUUUCUUCGCUGGACAUUUGGACGCGAUACCGUCAUAUGGCGUAUCUGGCCCGCAGUUCUGCUGCACACUACAUGGGCAGCUGUUGUUGUGUCCGUAUCGCUCACCACCAGUCUUCAACUGAAUAUACCACCCAUUCUCCUCACCGUGCUCGGCGUAGUCAUCGGUUUCGUGAUUUCGUAUCGUGCCAUGAGCGGUUACGACAGGUAUUGGACGGGCAGGACCUACUGGAGUGAUCUGAUGCGGAAUUCGAGAACGCUCGGAAGGCUCAUAUGGUUCCAUGUACCGCCGAUCUUGACGCCCAAGACACAGGAAGAGAACGACUUAGGAGUCUUAAAGAGGUCUCCUCACGAGAUGCAUGAGGUUAUGGUGGAAAAGCGCCUAGCUCUUGAUCUGAUCGAAGGGUUCGCCGUUGCCAUGAAGCACCAUCUUCGGAGCGAAAUGGGGAUCUACUACGAAGAUCUUUACCACCUUGUCCAACCACUCCAUGAACACGAACAUAACAAACACCACCGCAUUCAUCGGCCAGGUGGGGUGGAUGCCAUACCUGGGUUCAACUUGCACCCUCCCUCUCCAUCCGAGACGUUCGAGUCGGACCAUCCUCCACUGAAGCCAGCGUCGAGGAAGGAGGAGAAGGCUAAGGCGAACUCGGAUAGGCCUUCCUCUUCCCGACAAGCUUCAGAUGAGCAAUCCGAUCGUCCUCGCGUUCGGAUCGACCUUGAUCCUGUCAUCCCACCCAUCAACGCUUAUGGCACCUUCAAUGGCGCGAGGCCGUCGCUUUCACGCGCUCCAUCCUCAUCUGGAGAUUCUUGCUCAUCUGAUGAAGGUCAACCUCAUGGAGCCGAUGGAGAGCGUCGUAUGCUGCUACCGAGCAAUCGCAUGAAAAAGGACACCAUGAUGUCUAAGAUCGAAUCCGACCUCAUACCCUUCAGUUCCAUCAUUGGCCCCGUUGUUCACUUCUUAGGCCGACCGUUCGCCCGUAAGAAGUCGGGCGAUGAAGAGACGCCUGAGCCUGCUGGUGAAGAAGGCGGCGUGCAGCGGAAGUGGAGUCAUGCUGGCGAACCCGAGGUGGAGGCAUUGACUCACCAGAAGCAUCGACCACGUAUUGCAGGAGGCGGAGAGAACCUGCCCGUGGACAUUUUGAGGUGUCUUAGCGAGUGGAUGAGCGUGCUGGAGGCCAGAGGCACUGUACCGGGCACGAGUCUUGGCUCUAUGAUCGGGACUUUGGCGGCGUUCGAAGAUACCCUUUCAGGUCUUGAGAGGAUCUUGACCACACCUCUGCCAUUCGUGUACUCUGUGCAUAUCAGACACACCGUCUGGGUCUAUCUAUUCUUCCUCCCAUUCCAGCUCCUGGAUCAAUUCUACUGGUACUCGAUUUUCGGCGUAGCCAUCGCUGCGUUUAUUUACCUGGGCUUCUUGGCUGCCGGCGAGGAAAUUGAACAGCCGUUCGGUUAUGACGAGAACGACCUGGAUCUGGAUUUGUUUUGCAAACAUGUCGUUCACGCUGAUAUCGACCGCCUCAAGCGCACGCCCUGCGUGAAUGUUUGGUUCGGGUCUUAUCAUGCAACACUCGUUGAUGCGGGUCGCGAAGCAAAGCCAGAGUUGGAUAAGGUCUUUGGACAUGUCGAAGGCGAUGACGCUCCCGCCGCAGCGUAGUGCACAUGUCGCGAGCACAUUACGUCGGAGGAAAAGUCGCAUCCGGAACCCUUGGCGUGUCUAAAGCUUUGUGCUGCGCUAUCGGCGUUCUAUCAGCAUGCACGCUGUUUGUAGUCCGCUGUACUAAUAUGCGCGCC